UGUUGAAGAACAACAGGUCCCCACUUUAAGUUCUUAUUUAAAUUCAUUUAAACCAUUAGAGCUUAGAGGAUAGGCCAGAGAGCCAACCACUUGAUCAUCACAGAUUCACAUAAAUGGUGCAAGUUAAGUCAUGGGGGCACGUCUUAUCAUAGAAACAUUUAGAAGACAAGCCCUUGUGAAUUGCAUACGGAGUGUACUAUCCAUGCGGAGAAAUUGCAUUAAUGAUUCUUUUCCAGAUGCUAAAGACAGAACCAUGUGAUAUUCUCUUUUCUACUCUGUCCAAACGCUUCAAAGACCACAAGUUUCAAAAGACUUUUCAACACAUUAGAUCACUGGUCUUUCACUCUUUCUAUAUAUACACAUGAACCAUUCUUUCUAUCAUCAACCAACAGCUAGCAACCCAAUAACUUUAAUCAUUUCAUACAUCUCUUCAAAAAUUUCAAGCUUUCAAAGAGAAGACAUAGAAAUGGCUUUGGUGAGAAAUCUACUGGGUUCAAAGAAGAUUCUUGGCCGGUCCGUCUCAGCAGCUUCCACGAGCAAGAGAGCAUCCUCAUCAGCACCUAAAGGGUUUCUUGCGGUGUACGUAGGAGAGAGCCAAAAGAAGAGAUAUGUGGUGCCAAUCUCAUACUUGAGCCAGCCUUCUUUUCAAGCGCUACUCAGUAAAUCCGAGGAAGAGUUUGGGUUUGAUCAUCCUAUGGGUGGCUUAACCAUCCCUUGUCCUGAAGAUAUAUUCAUAAACAUAACGUCUAGGCUCCAAUGAUGAUGAUUAUCCAGAUUUUUUCUUCUUCCUGAGUUAGAAAUUAGACUUAUUCAUUGUAAAGUAUAUAUAGGAAAUUUUUCUCAUUUCUUUCUUCUAAAGUUGUGAAAGUAAAUACCAUUUUCAUGUUAAACUAAUACACUUCUGAUGGAUCA